GCCGGGAAGCACCACUCUGCUUAUGUCAUUGGCGGUUUGCUCGAGGUUUUGAUCGGGUGAAGCGCCUACUUUCAAGUCGAAAUAAAUUUCACAGCUCGUCACAGAUGUUGGUGGGCGUAGGGGAAGUCCCGGGCAGCCAGAGACUCGGUCGAUGACCCCGUAUGCUCUACCGUCGCUGGGAGUCAUGACUUUCGAUCGAAGCCCAUCGAACCGCGGGCCAUACGCUCCAGACUCGGUCCUCGCACCACAGUGCUCGGAGUCUAACCGUAAUAUCCUUUCUAUCGACUUCCCCUUAUUCAUAUCGAUUAGGUUCCGGACUAUUUACUUCGCCAACUCUACUUCUCUGACUCACCUCCUCUCUUCUUCCCACAGCUCUUUUCCAUUUCAAACCUCUCCUACGCAACGUCCCAAACCUCUCUUCCAUUUCAUCCCCUCUCUAACCAUCAACAACCCAAGAAGAUUAUCAAUAUCAACCAUGACUUGGGAUUCCGAUCUUCGCGCCCAUACGGGCUUUAAUGUCUGGGUACCUGGAAUAGGGCCGCGGGCCUUCAAGAGUCGCGAGGACUACGUCCAGUGGCAGGUCCAAACGAGCAAGCCCCGCUCCAAAGCUGCUGCCAAAGCGAAGCAGCAGCCCCGGAAACUCAGCUGGGCCGAAAAGGAGAAGCAAGAACCGAGCGGAAAAGGGGCCGUGGCCGGGCCCGUGUCCAACGGAGAAACUAACGCCGACGACGACGAGCUUCAUGACUUGUUCAUGGCGGCACCUGAAGAGAUUAGUUGGUCAACGGCGGCAAACGAGGAAGCAGCCGUUGAAGAGACUAUCAACGAUCAGGAGCUAGAGGACAUGUUCUUGGCAGAGUCUGAGGAGAUCACUUGGGUCUCAGAUUCCGGUGAGCCAACCCCUGCAUUCCUACCUCCGUCCUCCUCCCUCCUCUCCGCCCGCCAGUUAUCCAAUAUCUGUCCGUAAAUCGUAGAUCGACUGGGGCCGAGGCCGUUGAUACUGACUUGCCUCAGCCUCGAACACAAGUUCCCAUUCGAGGGCUACUCCGGGCUCAGGUAGCACCACACUCCCGACCGGUAAGUAAACAAACAUCACUCUCACUUCACAUUCUUCCACCCUUUUACUUCUCCCUGUCCCCGUGACCUUCUCUGGUAACUCGCUUCUGCUCUUCCUCGAGCCCUCUCUCGAGCCCUCUCUUCCG